AUGUACUGGCGGUGUCCGAAUGAGGAUGGGGACGAGAUUGAAAUGGCCGUUGGAACUGUGGAUGAAGAAUGGUUGCGCAAAUAUGGACGGGAGCUUUGUGAGCCAGAGCGAGGUCAGUUUUAUGCUGAAAAUGAGGUAUAUGGAGUUGGAUUCGGUGGGGAGUUUAAGCAAGGGCUCGGAGGCCCGAGAUCUAAGGAGGGAAGCCGAAGCGAGAGACUUGAUUAG